UUUUAAUGUUCUAACCUUACUUUUUGAAAAUAAAAUUUCAACCCUUUCAACCUGUUUUCAGAGCUGUGUUCAACUUUUUAACAAUUCAAAAGACAAUGUGUUCCAUUGGUAACGAAUUGGAAAAUGGUAGUGAGAAAUAUAUGCCUCACAUAGAUAAGACUCAAGUGGAUAAACAAAAAUGUAACAAAUGUAAGGAAGCAACGCCCUGUAUAUUAUUGAGAGGAAAAGAUUCGUACUGCAAGCCCUGCUUCUUACUGAAUACAAAUCAUAAAUUCAAGUUGUUACUUGGUAAAUCUAAGUUAAUUCGUCCCAGAGACAAAGUUUUAGUGACCUAUGAAAUUGGACAUCCAAGUACGGCUUUGCUGCAUUUAAUCAGAGAUGGAUUGAAUUUAAAUACACCAAAGAAAUUAACAUUUGAUCCUGUAUUUGUUUUUGUUGAUGACCAGUACCAUUUGUCUUUAAGCGAAAGAAAGGAUGUAAUAAGUAAUAUACUUACAGAAGCUGCACAUCAUGAGUUUAAAAUAAAGUUUCUUUCGUUUGUCGACUGGGUCUUAUACAAUAGAAUUAUUCUGUCUGAUAAUUCUGACUAUAUUAAAGCAGACGAUGGUGACAAAAUUGUAUCACUGUUUACUAAGAAGAUGAACGAGACAAACCGAAAAGAAUUUUUUAACAUAGAGAAGAAAAAUGCUUUGAUUGCAGUAGCCAAGCAAUUGGAAUGCAAAUUUAUAUUUAAACCUGAUAUAUCUGUUGAUGUUGCAUCGAAUUUGUUAAUAAAUAUUUCGCUAGGAAAAGGUAGUCAAAUUUCAAUGGAUACGGGAUUUUGUGACGACAGAGAUGAUUCUGUUAAAGUAUUAAGUCCGUUAAGAUUGUUUGAUAUGAAGGAAUUAGCUUUUUACAAUUUACUUAAUAAACUAAACCCAGUAGCAAUCAGACAAAUAAAGGUAGAUCCCUAUUCUUCAGCUCAGAACUUACUGAAAAAGUUUGUAACAGAGUUACAAGAAGGUUAUCCAGCAACUGUUACAACUGUCGUAAAAACUGGUGAUAAAUUAGUAUCAGAUAUUAAGGUCUUAGGGAAAUGUAAAUUUUGCAAGGGUCCUGUUUUUAAAAAUUCCGAACUGAACUCUGAAGAAUCUACACAUUUUUCUAAAUUGGUAUCGACGUAUUUACCUGACAGAGAUAUGUCUAAACAAGAUAGGUUUGAUGAUAUUAAAAAAACAUUUGAGAGUACUGUAUAUAUGACACCUCAGCAUUGUUAUUCAUGUUCAAAAAUUUCUGAAUAUUUGUUAGAUGAUGGGUCAGAUUGAAUAAAAUUAUAUAUUUUAA